AAAAAAUUACACACACAGUUUUUAGAGAGAGAGAGAGAGAGAGGGUUUUCGCGAGGAAAGAGGAGAGAGAGAGAGAGAGAGAGAGAGAGAGAGAGUUCAGAUAUCUUCUCGUCGCGGCGGAUUCCAUAGCAGAGUACUCAGAGAAGAAAUAGUCACCGAGAGAGACAGAGAGAGAGGGGCAGUCGUUCUUUAGAUCUGAGAUUCUAGAGAGAGAGAGAGAGUGAGGAGAGAGAGAGUAUGAGUAGCAAAGGAGGAAUCCGCAACAAUGGCGGCGGCUUACAAUCGAUUCCGUCGUCGUCAAGAAAGAUGGUUCAGAGCUUGAAGGAGAUUGUAAACUGUCCCGAACAAGAGAUCUACGCUAUGCUCAAAGAAUGCAAUAUGGACCCUAACGAGACCGUUAACAGGCUUCUCUCUCAAGAUCCUUUUCAUGAGGUGAAGAGCAAACGAGAAAAGAAAAAAGAGACAAAGGAAACAACAGAAUCUAGAUCUCGUGGUGUUAGUAACACUUCAAACCGUGGCAAUAGGGGUGCUACAGACCGUUACACUGGACGUGGUGGUUUAACUCAAUUUAAUGUUUCUGAGUCCGCUGCUUUGCAUGGUAAGCCUGCAUACCAGAAGGAAAAUGGAAUAAAUUCUUAUCCAAUUUCUUCAUCUUUGGCAUCUGGAAUGGAAGGAAAUAACAUGAACUUGAGAGCUCAUGGCCUCAGCAGUGAUUCUAUUACCACCGAAAGUAAAGGAUCGACAACAGUCACAGUUGAUGGUAUUUCGUCAUCUUCACAGCCUUCUUCUGGAUAUCAAUCUUCCUGGUUGGGGGUCCCAGGUCAAGUAUCAAUGGCUGAUAUUGUUAAGAUGGGCAGGCCACACGUGAAGACUUCAAACACAUCAUACCCAUCUCAUCACUAUGUUAAUCACAACCAUGUUCAGGCAUCACAUCCCGAUUUGCAUUCUUCUGAAGAUCAUGCUUCUAAGGUGUCAGAGAGAAAUUUUGAGCCUGUAGUUGGUGCAGGACAGCAUGUUUCUCCCAAUGAUGAGUGGCCCUUGGUUGAGCAACCACCAGCUACUAUUUUUCCCUCUGUGGUGGAGCCUCUUGCUGAUUCUGAGCUGCAUGCAAAUCAAUCUAACAUGCCCUUUGAGAGAAGUAACUGGCACUUGCAGUCCCAAACAGAUAAGGUUCCAGCACCAGAAGAUGUUGCUGUUGAAAAUUUUAGUGCAAAUCAUGUUGGAUCUGCUUCUGUGUCUGGUAGAAAGAUGCAGGAGGAUAAUAUUGGAGGUGCAUCUCAUUUUGACAAUGACUUGUAUAAGAAGACGGAUUCCUACCAGCCUCAUGGACAUACUUUUGAGCAUCAGGAAGUUGAAGAUGUUGGUGGCUCAGUAUCAUCAGUGACUGCAAAUUUGCAGCAAUUAAAUAUACAGAAAGAGGAUCAGGGUUCACCACCAGAAGAGGAUAACCCUUCUGUUGUAAUUCCAAGUCACCUGCAAGUCCAAACUGCAGACUGUUCACAUUUGAGCUUUGGUAGUUUUGGGUCUGGUAUUAAUGCUGCUGUUUCUGGACCGUUUGCAUCCAUGCCCUUGAAAAGUAACUUGGAAGAGGAACCUGCAGAUGAAGAUGCUUCAUCAAUUGGGCACUUGGAAACCAGAAAUCCCGAGUACUACGGGGAUGAGCCUCUCAGAACUGUCUCAGAUGGAAAUUUUGUUAAUAGAACUGUUACAAGUGCUGGGAGUUUUGAUUCAACUGGUGCUUCACAACCAGAAGUGUUGAAACAGGAAGACCCUGAAGUGGCACACGGGGAUCAUUAUACCUUUCCUUCUUCUACAUCUGGUUAUUCUUUUGAAAAUGCUCAACAGUUGAACACUGCAUUGCCUCAUUCGCAGUCAAUCUCUCAGAUGCAGAAUCUUGCUCCUUUCUCUAGUGUAAUGCAAGCGUAUACAAACUCGUUACCAAGUACUUUGUUGGCAGCAACCGUUCAGCCUGUAAGAGAGUCCGAUCUUCCAUACUCACCAUUUCCAAUUACACAAUCGACAGCCGCAAAAUAUGGCAACACAGUGUCCUCCAUAAGUGGUUCAACCAUUCCCAUGCCUGAGGCUCUGAAGACAUCGAACUAUUCAACUCAGCCAUCUCCACAUAUCCUGUCGGGAAGCAGUGUUGCCACAGAACCUGCUCUACCUCAACAGCUUGCCGUGCAUCCAUAUUCCCAACCCACUCUUCCUUUGGGACCCUUUGCCAACAUGAUUAGUUAUCCUUUCUUUCCGCAGAGUUAUACGUAUAUGUCACCUGCUUUCCAGCAAGCAUUUGCUGGUAACAACACGUACCAUCAAUCUCUGGCAGCAGUACUUCCGCAGUAUAAAAAUAGUGUAUCCGUGAGCAGCUUACCUCAAUCUGCUGCUAUUGCUUCUGGUUAUGGUGCCUUUGGGAGUUCAACCAGCAUCCCAGGCAACUUCCCCAUGAAUCCACCUGCUGCCCCAGCCGGCACGAACAUAGGCUAUGAUGACGUUUUAAGCUCUAGAUACAAGGACAACAGUCAUUUGAUCGCUCUUCAACAGAAUGAGAACUCUGCCAUGUGGGUUCAUGGACCUGGUUCCAGAACAAUGCCAGCUGUUCCAGCCAGCACAUAUUACAACAUUCAGGGUCAGAAUCAACAGUCAGUUGGAUUUCGGCAAGGUCAGCAGCCUUCACAGAAUAAUGGAUCUCUUGGGUACCCUAAUUUCUACCAUUCUCAGGGUGGAAUUUCACUUGAACAUCAUCAACAAAACCCUAGAGAUGGCUCCCUUGGUAGCUCUCAAGGCCAACCUUCUAAGCAGUCCCAACAAAUAUGGCAAACAAGCUACUAAUCUUAUGACAUCAAGGUAUUCCUGCAGAUGAAAUAAUAUAAAUUCAUAACGUUCGGAAGAGAACUUGAGUUCUUGCUGCUGCCCUGUGCCUCGUGGUUGUAUUCUAGGUAUUUAUCGCUGGUUAAUGAGAUGUAGGAACAUGCGUGCUAAUUUGAUGGUGAACAAAUUUUUUUUUUGUCACGUUUUUUACUUUUUUCUUUGUUUUUCCACUUAUAGUCAGAAACUGUGUUCUGUUCCCACACAGGAGUCCUUUGUAUUAUUGGUAAUUGAAUUUAUGACAAAAGGCUCUAUUUUAUUGCCAA